GGGAAGGAAGGAAGGAGAGAGAGAGAGAAACAGCUAAACAGGUGGUCAGAAAACACGCAGAAAACAAUGUCGUCCGGCGGGGAGAGGCGGAAAGACCUUUAGUCCUCGCUUCUGUGAAGGAAUACCGGGACAGCUUCGGAGCCGAACAAACAAAAACCCAUGCUCCUUUUAAUUUUCUCACGGAUUUCUCCUCCUCCUCUCUUCUCGGUUUUGCUCCGAAUCUGCUGAAGAUCUCGGAUACUAAACCAUGAAAGUCACGGUGUGUUUUGGCAGGACCCGGGUGGUUGUGCCGUGCGGGGAUGGAAAUAUUAAAGUCCACACACUCAUCCAGCAGGCUGUCAUGAGAUACAAGAAGGCUAUCGCCAAGGAUGCCAGUUACUGGCUGCAGGUUCACCGGUUGGAGCACGGCGAUGGGGGGAUCCUCGACCUGGAUGACGUGCUCUGCGACGUGGCCGACGACAAAGACAGGUUAAUAGCCAUAUAUGAUGAACAGGAGCCCCAUCAUGGAGGUGAUGGCACCAGCGCCAGCUCCACAGGGACACAGAGCCCCGACCUGUUCGCUGCAGACCUCAGUGCAGGCAGCGGAGCCUCUGCUUUCCAACCUUACCAGGCCGCCAGCGAGAUCGAGGUCACACCUUCGGCCCUGCGCACCAAUAUGCCCCUCCAUGUCCGGCGCAGCAGUGACCCUGCUCUGAUGACCAUCAAUGGGCCAUUUAGCGGCAGUGAGUCACGGGUCCAAACGGACGAGACGCCGUCGAGGAAGAACCCAACCCGCUGGUCCACCACCGCUGGCUUCCUGAAAGCUCGCCACUCGUCUGGCACAAAUAGCCUGGAAAGGAAGGGUAAAGGUAUGGACACGUACCGCAGUCUGCCACGAGAUGCUGGGACCUGGGCCAAUCAGAGAGAGUUUCAGAGAGAGACAGCCCGGUCAUCGCUCAGCGCCAAUCAUCCCAUGGUGGACCGCUGGCUGGAGAGACAGGAACAGGAGGAGGCGGCAAGAGAAGAAGAAAACGGAAGGAUCGAGCCAGUUGGCCGAGCUGACUCCUGCAUGGACCGCACUCCUGUGAGGUCACUAGAUUUAAUAUGCAGAGACAUUGUCAAACUGGUGGAGGUGUCAAACGACGGUGGGCCUCUGGGGAUCCACGUGGUGCCUUUCAGUGGCAGGGACCGCAGGACUCUUGGCUUGUUGGUCAAGCGUCUGGAGAGGGGAGGCAAGGCUGAGCAACAGGGCCUCUUCCAGGAGAACGACUGUAUCGUCCGUAUCAAUAACGGAGACCUGCGAAACAUCAGAUUUGAACAAGCCCAAAAUAUGUUCCGCCAAGCCAUGCGCUCUCCUGUUAUCAUGUUCCACGUGGUGCCGUCAUCGAUGAAGGCCCACUACGAGCAGCUGUCCCAUGCCGAGAGGAACACCGCGUACAACUCGGGCCGCUUCAGCCCCGACUCCCUCACCGGCAGCACUGUGUCCGGCAUCGAGCACACGCCGCAAAGGAUGUCCCGGCACGGCUCCCAGACACACCCGCACUCCCAUCCGCACCCUCAUUCCCAUCCUCACUCAGAUCCCACUGAUGGUUACCCCCCUCUGACUCACCCCGCGGUUUCUGCGGCCAAGCCCCCGACAGGUCACGCCCACUCACCUCAGAAGGGGAUAAACUCCACCCCAACAGGAGGAUAUGCAAAGAAAGUCGGGAGGAGACUUAGCAUUCAACUGAAGAAAGGCCCCGAGGGACUCGGCUUCAGUAUAACAUCACGGGACGUUCCCAUUGGGGGCUCAGCACCCAUCUAUGUGAAGAAUAUUCUGCCUAGGGGAGCUGCUAUCCAAGAUGGCCGCCUUAAGGCAGGAGACAGGUUGCUAGAGGUGAAUGGGGUGGACCUGAAUGGGCGAACCCAGGAGGAGGUGGUCAAUCUGCUUAGAGCUACACCCAUGGGCGGGGCUGUGGGGCUGCUGGUUUUACGCCAGGAGGACACUUUUCUACCCCGAGAAGUGAAUCCUGAGCCCCAGAUGCAAAUCCCCAGAGAUUUGCAUCCAAGGCAGCCUGUGACAGCCGGGACACACCACUGGCUAAUAGAGAAGACAGAGGAGGACGAGUUGGUCCUGACCCCUGAUGGGACCAGAGAGUUCCUGACCUUUGAGAUCCCCCUCAGUGACUCAGGUUCAGCAGGUUUGGGUGUCAGCGUCAAAGGCAACCGCUCCAAGGAAAACCAUGCAGAUCUGGGCAUCUUUGUCAAAUCCAUCAUAAAUGGAGGUGCAGCCUGCAAGGAUGGACGGCUGCGAGUAAAUGACCAGUUGAUUGCUGUCAACGGGGAGUCACUACUGGGCAAAACCAACCAAGACGCGAUGGAGACGCUACGUAAAUCCAUGUCAACUGAAGGCAACAAGCGCGGUAUGAUCCAGCUCAUUGUGGCCAGACGAGUGGCCAAAAGACAUGAGGAGACACCAGGGAGCCCGCUGGGACCCCAGCAGACUUUGAACACCUCCCUCGAUGACCACGAGCGCAGAAUCUCCCAUUCGCUGUACGGUGGCCUCGAGGGCCUCGAUGACAACCUGAUGCCUCGGCAAGGCAUGCUGCCACGCACAAUAGGAAACUAUCAACUCUCACCAACCGUCAACAUGCCGCAGGAUGAUACUGUGAUCAUAGAGGAUGACCGGCCGCCGCUCCUCCCACCCCACCUUUCUGACCAGUCGUCCUCGAGCUCUCACGAUGAUGUCGGUUUCGCAGCUGAUGCGACUUCACCGUGGGCCAAAGAGCUGCCCAAUCAGAAUGACGGCUUUGUGAAUCCAGAUGAAAAUCAUGCAGAUGGUGCUUUCCAGCGGGAAGGUUUUGGACGCCAGAGCAUGUCGGAGAAGCGCACCAAGCAAUUUGGAGAUGCCUCCCAACUUGAAAUCAUCAAGACCCGCAAGUCCAAGAGCAUGGAUUUAGUAGCCGACGAGAUUAACCUCACACCUCAUCCCGAGACCAACACAGGUUCUUCCACAAAAGAUGUUGGACCAUCACUGGGCCUAAAGAAGUCCAGCUCUCUUGAGAGCCUCCAGACAGCUGUAGCAGAAGUAACCCUCAACGGGGAUGUACCCUUCCACAGGCCCCGCCCUCGUAUCAUCAGGGGGCGGGGCUGUAAUGAAAGCUUCAGAGCAGCCAUCGACAAAUCCUAUGACCGACCGGCCGCCACGGAAGAAGACGACGAGGGCAUGGAGACACUGGAGGAGGACACUGAGGAGAGUUCACGGUCAGGGAGAGACUCCGUGUCUACAGUAGCAGACCAGACCCCGCUGUCCAGCACAGAAAAGCCGCUGGUCAAUGGCACAAACCGCACCAAAGAGGAGAAGAAGAAGGACAAAGACAAGGGAGGGAAGGACAAGAAGAAGCCGGAGGGAGGGAAGGAGAAAGACAAGGGAAAACCCAAGAAGGGGAUGCUGAAGGGCCUCGGGGACAUGUUCAGGUUUGGGAAGCACCGAAAGGAUGAGCGGCCGGGGGAGAAGAUUGAUCGUAAAGGCUCCAGUAAGUGGAGGCCGGAGGAGACGCAGGUGUCGGAGGAGGAGACCAUGAGGAUGAGGAUGGAGCAAGAAAGGUGA